UGACAGAAAUUGCUUCGGAUGUGUUUUUGUCUGGAAAUUUUCUGUUUUUCGGCGAGUUUGUUCUAGAACACGGCAUUUUAAGUUACAUUUUGCAUUUUAGUAUAAAUAAGUAAUUGGAAAUGACGAGAACAAACUGUAAGGACCUAACAUAUUUGGAAAAACCUCUGUACCUGCCUUUCCAGGGCGGGGCUUCAUAAAUAAACGCAAAUUUUACGCUUGAGUUGACAUAGUUUCUUAGAAAAAAGGUGUUAAGAUCACUGUAAAAGAAUAAUAUAAUUUUGUUGCAUAGUCAAAAAUGGACCACAGAGCGAUUGGGUUUGAAUUAACAAACGAAGAUGCAGCAGGAGGAAGACAAAAACAUGUUACCCAGAUAUCUUUCAAACCGCUUAAUGAGCCAACGGUAACUCCAGCACCCUACCCGCCCCCGAACCCACCUGGUAAUUUGUAUCCAUCAGUUGGGGAACCAGCACCAGGUCCAGUGAAUCCUAUAGGAUUUGAAGACACUUCUGCACAAGCAAAACCUAUAGGCUUUGAGAUGCAGACUGUGGGUAAUGAUGAAAAUGGACCAACAGAAGUGGUUUCAGAGAAAGUUCCACUGGAAAGCAAAAGGGAUAAUUCUGGAGAGGAGUCAACACUCUUGCCACCAUCUAAGGAUCCAGCUAAGGAGGAGACAAUGUAUUUCAAUGAUGGUGUCCGGCGCAUUGAUUACGUGUUAGCGUUUGAGCCAGGAACUGCAGAUAAAGAGAACAGGGUUGCUAAGAGAGAAUACUUCCAGAAAGAGCUCGAACGAGAAGGACUACAGCUGGAGUUUGAAGCUGCUGCGGAAUCAAAAAGUGGAAAAGUUUCAUUUGUGAAAGUUAAUGCUCCAUGGGAUAUUCUGGCGAAGGGUGCUGAGAUGAUGAACAUGAAGAUGCCCCUUGCGCCUAACGACAUGGAGUAUGAUCAGCGCAGCAUGUUGGAUUGUAUUCCUACACCGUUUGACCUUGACAAAGACCUGAUUGAGGAAGAUGAUAACUAUUUUACAGCACCGUUCAACAGAAGUCGUAUGGAGCAAUUAUGUGAUAAAAACCAUACGGAGGAUUCAAGUAUUUGGUUUGUAAUAAAGGACAAGGAGUCUUUCUUUACAAAUGCUCAGAGAAGUAGAAUUGUGUACGCCAUCUUGUCAAGAGCCUUUUAUGAGGAUGCUGAUCCAAAUAACCCCGCCAAACGUAGAUUUGGAAUCAAGAAAUUGUUGGCGAAUGGUUCAUACAGUGCUGCCUAUCCUCUCCAUGAUGGGAAAUAUAUCAGUGAACACUCAAUAUUGACAAGAGGAAAGCGCAAUGACAGACAUUUACUGUAUGAGAUAUGGGCACGGCCAAGGUCAUGGUACAAAUACCAGCCUCUUGAUAAAAUCAGGAGCUAUUUUGGUGAGAAAAUUGGUAUAUAUUUUGCUUGGCUUGGUUUCUAUACAACUAUGUUGGUACCAGCUUCAGUUGUUGGAUUGGUGGCAUUUAUCUAUGGUGUAGCAACUAUGUUUGAUGAUACCAUCACGAAUGAGAUAUGUGACAUUAACAAGGCAGGCAACCUGACUAUGUGUCCUCUGUGUGAUAACAGAUGUUCAUACUGGCGUCUCCAGGAAAGUUGUUCAUACUCACGAGCUACCUACCUGUUUGACAACCCAGCCACAGUGGCAUUUGCAUGCUUCAUGGCUCUUUGGGCUUCAUUUUUCCAUGACUUUUGGAAGAGGAAACAGAAUGAAAUAGAGUACGACUGGGAUACAGCCGACUUUGAGAUGGAAGAGGAAACUGUGAGGCCAGAGUUUGAGAACAAAGUGAGAAGGAAGAGGGAAAAUCCAAUCAACAAGAGAUUGGAGCCGUAUGUACCAGGGUGGAGCAAAUGCUGUAGAUAUGGCACCACUGUGUCAAUACUGUUAUUUUUCAUGGCAGUGGUUUUAGUGGCGGUGGUUGGAGUGAUUGUCUACAGAAUUGCCAUAGCAGCUGUACUGUCGACGACGGGUGAUGGUGUUGUGAAAGGUCGGGCUGGAUUGAUCGCCUCGGCAACUGCUGCCUGUAUUAACUUGGUCAUCAUUUUCAUCCUCAACUUUAUUUAUCAAAGGAUUGCUGAAGCAUUAACUGAAUUAGAACAACAUCGUACAGAGUCUGAAUGGGAGGAUGCCUUCACCUUCAAGAUGUUUCUCUUCCAGUUCGUCAACUACUACGCUUCCAUUAUCUAUAUAGGCUUCUUCAAGGGCAGAUUUGUUGGGAGACCUGGCAAUUAUGACCGCAACCUGUUUGGAUUCCGUCAGGAGGAGUGUGAUCCUGCCGGUUGUCUGAUUGAGUUGUGUAUUCAGCUGGGUAUCAUCAUGGUUGGUAAACAGAUCUUUGCUAACUUCAAGGAAGUCAUUCUUCCAAAGUUGAUGGUAUGGUUCAAGUCACGCAGUGUUGGACAUGAUAAAGAAGAUAAGGUGUAUACACAUUGGGAACAAGAUUACAACCUUGCGGACCAACCUAAACUUGGCCUGUUUGACGAAUAUCUUGAAAUGGUGAUCCAGUUUGGGUUUGUUACGAUAUUUGUGGCGGCCUUCCCCUUGGCUCCUCUCUGCGCCUUGAUCAACAACAUCAUUGAGAUACGACUAGAUGCAUACAAGUUUAUAACCCAGUGGAAGAGACCCCUUGCUACAAGGGCUCAAGAUAUAGGUGUAUGGUUUGGAAUUCUUCAGGGUAUAUCUGCUAUCGCUGUCAUUUCGAAUGCUGCUAUCAUUGCAUUUACAUCUGAGUUUAUUCCACGUAUGGUGUACAAAUAUGGCUACAGUGAUGGCUCCUUGAACGACUUCUAUCAGAAUUUUAGCUUGUCUAGAUUCAACACGGCUGACUUUGAUGAUGAUGGAAGACCAGACGAGAUAGAACCAAUCUUUGGAACUAAUGUCACAGAAUGCUGGUAUCGGGGCUACAGGAACCCGCCAGGUGGAUCAGAUGAGUAUGAGUAUACGAUGGCCUUCUGGCAUGUGUUUGCUGCAAGACUUGCAUUUGUUGUUGUUUUUGAGAACUUGAUCGUGUUCCUAACAUGGUUAGUUAUGUACCUGAUACCUGAUAUGCCAUACCAGGUCAAGAUGCAGAUGUUGCGUGAAAAAUACCUGGCUAAACAAGCUUUAUUCCAUGCUGAGGAACUCAAAGAAAAGAGAACAAGACCAAAAACAGAGUAGAUUUCUACAAUAUUUCAUAAAGCGGGAAAAUAUAUAGAGCUUUGGUUUAUUCAUGUAACUUUCACAAUAUUUGCAAUAUACUAAUAUUCCAAAUGCGCAAAUUUGCAAUCAAAAGUCAGGGUGUAUGAGUUAUGCUUAAAAGUGCUCAAUGAAGGGUCUAACUUCUAUUUAUAUAUUGGUAAUAUAUACAUUUGGAAACUGCUGUUUGAUUUGUUGUGGAACUUCAGAAAAAACAGAUUCAGUUUCUUUUUAUUUUUCAUGGACUUGAAAAACAGAAAUGUUAUGAACAAAAACAUGUGUAAAAUGAUAUAGAAGAGUUCUGUAACUUUCUAAACGGUUUGGUGCCAUAUAACUUUUAUGUACAUUUAUGUUCGGUGUUGUGAUUUAAUACAUUAACAGUUACAUUGAUAAUCCUGGGGGGAAAAAAACACAAUAAUUUCAAGCUUUAGAAUUAACAGUUUUUAACAUAACCAAGAAAAAGUGUUUAACUUUGUUUUACAAGGUUGUAAUUUGAAAGUAAAUGAAGAGCAUAUGACAGAUAAAUAUUGGUUUUGAAUAUAGUAGUUAUUGAAGUUUUAAGAUAUGAUAGUCUUCUAGUUUAGAAAUACAGUUAAAAGGUUGAGAUUUCAAGAUUUUUUUUAUAUAUUUAACCUACAUUACAUGGUAAUAAACAUUUACUGUGCAGAAAACUUUAACCAAGCUGCUAAUUACUAAAUCUACAUAUUUCAUUUCAGACAUAAGAUUUAGAUUUUACAGGAACGUUUUAAAUGUGUGCAGCUGAAGAAUGCUAAAACUAUAAUAUUCUGAACUUUGAUGACACAUCAUACCCAUUGAAUCACAAAAUUCUCUACACACCUGAGAAGCUGCACAUACAUGAAUUCUCAAUCUCUUAGAUAAUUUGUAUAAACAGAUUUGCUACUCACUUUGUUUAAAAUUGUUAAGUGUUUCGUGUUUUUGUACAUUUAAAUGUAUCAGUCUAUGCUUCCAAUGAAAGCUUUUCAUCUUUUUUCAUUGAAAAGAUCUGAUAUUUUUAUACUUUUAUAUGUUUCUUAAUUGUGUACAAGUUAUUUUCAUUGCUUUCCUUUUCGUUUUGUGAAUUUGUUAAUUGUUCAAGUUUACAACAGAAGGUUGAAUAACUAGGGUUAAACUUUAAAAGUAUAAUUAUAUCCUGUUUUCUCAUAUUCUCGGGGCCUAAGGGUUUGUUUUUAUUCCCAGUAACAGAAUAACACUUUCAUAAACAACAUUUGGGUGUUAUUUUGUAGAAAAUUCACUUGUCUUUCAGAUGGAGUCAUAAAAUGUUACAGAAAUUAUCCCAUUUAAUUGUUUUGUUACUUUAUUUGAUACCACCCUCACCCGCAGAAAUGGACCAAGAGUUUCUCAUAUUCCCGUGGAUUUAGAUUUGACUUUUCAUCACAAAUAAGUUGUAGAAUUUAAAACAUUAAAAUUACCAUUGUGUAAUAAAAAGAUAUAUUCUGUAGUAAAUACAUCAAGAAAUAUGACAAUUAAUUGCAUAAUCAAUAAUUUAUGGCAAAUUUGCUAACACCACCAGAAAAAAAUAAGGAUUUUUUUGAAAAUCGAUUAAAAUGCCGAUAGUUUCGUCAAUAUUCGUUCAAAUCACUUGAAAUUUUCAGUGUGUCAGUUUUGAACCAUUCCUGUCUAGAAAAUAACAAACAUUAAAUUAUUUGACAACUUUAAGGCAAAACACGAGAAUAUGAGAAACCCUGAGAAUACGAGAAACAGGGAUACUAUGACAUCAUUUAAUUUCGUGGGUUUGACAUUUUGUGACUGGCCAGAAUGGCUAUUUUGUGGGGAUAUGAUUUUGUGGUUUUCAAGUUUUGAACUUAAAAUAAAUGUGGAUUUAACUUGUACAUUGGGAUUAAAAUUUGAGGAUUUAUUCAACCAUAAAUGCACAAGAAAUAGUCACCCACAAAUGAUUUCAUAGUAAUUAGUUUAUAAGGCCUAUAAAAUAGGUUUGUUUCUUGUAACCAUAACAUCCAAUUUUUCAUGUCCUACCAAAUAAAAAAUAAAAAAUUGUAUUGUCAUAUGAAAGUAUAAUAACAAUCUUUUACCCAUACUAGCAGGAAUUUCUGGCAAUUUUGAAGUCUGUAAGUCGAUUAAAAUGCUGUUAAAUAUGAAAGGACAAGACAGAAGUGAUUGCUUAUCUAUUUUAAAAGCCAUUAUCUAAUGUGAAAAAAGACAUUUCCUGCUUAUGUGACUUGAAAAAUUCCUGUCUUUGGACCCAUAUUUUGUUUAGCCUGUUUUCUUUGCCCAGUUAUUACUUGGCAGUGCACAUUUAGCAUAGCAUAUGUGUUAUAUCUAUUAUAUUGCAUGGCAUAUUAUAAAGGUAUGUGUAAAUUUUAUGACUGUGUAGAUAUAUAUGUCAUAUUGUUACAUAAAGUCAUAAAUGUUGGAGUGAAAACUGUUGGUGUAAUAAGGCAAGCUACAUCAGAGAUGAUUUUCGUACUGAAAAAAAAAGCUAAAUUACUUAAAAUGUUAUGUCUUUGAAAAGUUUGAAUACAGAAUUAAGACUAAUAUUUCUUAUUGUCAUAAAAACAUUUUUUUUGGAAAGUAAGUUAAUAGACAGUUUAUUAGUAUACUGCUUGUUGUUUUCAGGUAUGUAUUUGAUGUUUAUGAGAUCUAAGCUGUUAAUACUUGUUGCACUGAAUAUCCCAUAUUUUUGUACUUGCACUAUAAUAAAGCAUUAUAUGAGCCGUGCCAUGGGAAAACCAACAUAGUGGGUGUGCGACAAGCAUGGAUCCAGACCAGCCUGCGCAUCCGCGCAGUCUGGUCAGGAUCCAUGCUGUUCGCUAACAGUUUCUCCAAUUCCAAUAGGCUUUAAAAGCGAACAGCAUGGAGCCUGACCAGACUGCGCAGAUGCGCAGGCUGGUCUGGAUCCAUGCUGGUCGCACACCCACUAUGUUGGUUUUCCCAUGGCAUGGCUCAUAUAUGAUUAGUUUGUUAACUUUUAUGCAGGUAAAGAUAAAAUUAGCACUUUGUAUCAGGUUAGUGUUGAUUACUGAUUGAUUUCUUGAAAUUAAUAUGAUCUUGUUUUUUAGCCUUUCGUAUCAGCCAUAGGUCAAACAGUUGAAAAAAGGGAGAUUUCUAGAAGCAGUAAAAUAUGUUUCAAAAUGCUAGCCGUCUCCAUGUUGUAGAGAUCUGCCACUUGUUUCAUACUGUAUAAAAAUUCAUAGUGUAGUGUUACUAUUCUUGUAAAGUAAAUCACUGUAUGUAAAAAAUCUAAAUUUAUGUAAUUCUAUUUUACUAUUAGCUCCAUGAAAAUUGUGCCUGUCUAAAUUUUAUAUAGAUGUUCUGAAAUACCCAGGGUACCAUUGUUUUAAGACAUGACAUUUUAGAGCCUGCAUGUGUAUGUUAUCAUGAAAUUUGAUGCUAAAUUUUGAUUUUCUCAAAUCAUGGAAAAGUAACAAUUUACGAAAGGAAAUUGUUGCCUACGUGUGGAGAACAGGUUUAUACUGCUAAGCUUUCCAGGAACAAUGGCUAAGUGAAAUGGCUGCGGUAUAUACCGGUAGUUAAUGCUGUUUUGAAAAAAAAUGGCAUUUUAAUAUAACAAAACAAAAUAACUUACUAUGAAUGCGAAUUAAAAAAUUUAAUUUAAUUUAAUGUCAGACUGUGUUGAUGAAGAUCCAGAAAAUUCACUCCAUCUCUGAACGAGCAGCUUUAUUGUUUUCCUUUUGUUUUUAGCUCACCUGAGCCAAAGGUUCAUGGUGAGCUUUUAUGACCACUCAAUGUCCGUCGUCAGUCGUGCGUCGUGUGUUGUAUGUCCGUCAACAUUUUCUAAAAAAAUCUUCUUCUUGAAAACCACUGGGCAGAAUUUCAUCAAAAUUCACAGGAAUGAUCCUUGGGUGGUCCCCUUUCAAAAUUAUUCAAAAAAUUUAAUUCCAUGCAGAACUCUGGUUGCCAUGGCAGCCAAAAGGAAAAACUUGAAAAAUCUUCUUGUCCAAAACCGCAAGACAUAGAGCCUUGAUAUUUGGCAUGUGACAUCAUCUUAUGGUCCUCUAUCAAGAUUGUUCAAAUUGUGCCCCUGAGGUGAAAAGAGAAUCUGCCUUGGGUAUCACAAUUUUUACAUAGACUUACCGGUAUAUAGGAAAAAACUUUAAAAAUCUUCUUUUCUAAAACCACAAGACCUAGACCUUUGAUAUUUGGUAUGUAGCAUUGUCUUGUGGUCCUCUACCAAAACUGUUCAAAUUAUUACCCUGGGGUGAAAAGAGGCCCCGCAUGGGGGGUCACAAGUUUUACAUAGACUUGCAUAGGAAAAAACUUUAAAAAUCUUCUAUUCUAAAACCACAAGGCCUAGACCUUUGAUAUUUGGUAUGUAACAUUGCCUUGUGGUCCUAUACCAAAAUUGUUCAAAUUAUUACUCUGGGUUGAAAAGAGGCCCCACACCAGGGGACCUCAAGUUUUACAUAGACUAAUAUAGAACAAAACUUUAAAAAUCUUCUUGUCUGAAACUAUAAGACCUAGGCCUUUGAUAUUUUGUUUGUAGCAUUGCCGUGUGGUCCUCUAUGAAGAUUGUUGAAAUUGUGCCUCUGGGGUGAAAAGAGGCCCCGCAUCGGGGAUCCCAAGUUUUACAUAGAUUUAUAUAGGAGAAAACUUUGAAAAUCUUCUUGUCUGAAAAUGCAAGGCCUAGGCUUUUGAUAUUAGGUUUGUUGCAGUGCCUUGUGGUCCUCUACCACAAUUAUUCAAAUUAUCCCCCUGGGGUGAAAAGAGGCCCUGCCCUGGGGGUCCCAAGUUUAACAUAGACAUAUAGGGAAAAAAAUCAAAAAUCUUCUUGUCUGAAAGUUUAAGGCCCAGGCCUUUGAUAUUUGGUGUGUAUCGUUUCCUUGUGGACCUCUAACAGGAUUGUUCAAAUUAUGCCUCUGGGGUGAAAAAGAGGCUCCGCCCCGGUGGGCACUUGUUAUAUGAGUUAUAUAGGAAAAAUACUUCAAAAAUUAUCAGAUCAUAUUUCCUAGACUGUUUAAUUAUAUUUACCUGUUGUACCCAAGUGAUUAAGUGUCACCUUACUGUAACCUUGACCUACUGGCCUACUUUCUUGUUUUUUGAGAUACAGCCUUGAAAUUUGGAUGACAUGUACAGUUUUGCAUACCGAUCUUAAAACUGACUUUCAGUUAUCAUGGGUAUGACCUACUGACCUACUUUCUAAUAUUAUAGCAUCAGUUUGCCAUUUGAAACAUGUGGCUCAUAUUACUCAGGUGAGCGAUUUAGGGUCAUCAUGACCCUUUUGUUAUUUCUUGAUGAUACUACAACUUGUUAUCUGCGUUUUGUACAAAGACUGCACAAUGAUUUUAGGAAAAUAAACAGAAAUUUACAAAGAAGUGACUUUUAGAGAGGCAUUAAAUCCCCAUCGUGAACAGUUUUACUUUUUAAUCUUUAGGUUUAUGUAGUCUACAUUAUUAUAUCUGUAGGUUAGAAGUUUAUAGUCAGUUUGCUCAAUUCUCGUUUUAUGUUUUGUUCUUUAAAUAAAAUUUUAAAAGAAUCUAUAAUCCCUUUUUGACAAUAAAGAUGCUAUUAUAGAUAACUAUUUCUUCAAGGCAUUAUGCAGAAUUUUUGUCUACAGGAAGAUUGUAUCGAUCAAUGCAUAUCUUGAUCAAAACUUCUAACUUUUGUAUUGUUUGUGGGGUAUUUUUUCUGAUGUAAUAUAUAUACAUUACUGUAGAUUCAAUAAUUUGGGUGAUGGUUUUAUUUCUGCAAAUUGUUACAAAAAGAUCUAAAUUUAAAGGGGCUAGUCACUAGAUUAACAUCAGAUUAUCAUAAAGUUCAAGACAUGAAAAAGUUCACAAAGUAUUCAGAAAUGUUAUUGGAUGAUUUAUAGAGUACAAAUAAAUUCUUGCUAAAAUGCAUCAAACUUUUACUGUAGCACUCACUCUUUUUGAGGGUAUUCCACUAUGCUUCAAAAUAUGGUGUACAAUCUUCCCCUGGAAGAAGGACAAAUGGAAUUUCAUUUUUUUUAUUCUGAAAGGCCUUGUUUAUGAAUCUACUUCUUCAUUAUAAUAUUCGAGAAAAUAAAACUGUUAUCUGUAUUAUUGCAUCUACAGAAUAUAAUUUGUAUACAUACGUAUGCUCAAGAUACCAAAUAAAUCAGUUUUUAUGUUGUAUUUGCAAGGUUGAUUUUUUUUGUUCUUGUUAUUGACGCAAGUUGUGCAAAAUUUAGUUUUCAUUAUUGUUCCUCUUUAUAUUACCCUUUGCUUUACCAUUUUAUUUAUUUUUACAUUGAUUUAAUUAACUUAACCAUGAUGAAUGUUGCAGACGUUAAAGAAAAUUGUAAUUUUCUGAAAGUUUUUUUGUUUGUUUUGUUUUGUUUUUCUUUGUAAGAAUGUAAGUUGAUGCUAAGUUGAGCAUAAUCUAUGGUCAGCUGUUUAAUAGUGACGAAAGUGACAAAACCAAGAAAGAGCAAAAUGAAGAUAUUUUAGAGUGUUGAAUGAUGUUACAUUAAGAAAAGCAAAAGAAUUUCUACAAAGCAACAUGAGAUAGUUUGAUAUGCAUUCAGUUGCAGCUGUAAGUUUUACAUACAAAACAAAAAUGCAUGUUUUUGUAGACCUUUGUUUGGGCUUACUUUAUUGAUACAUUUGUAAAAACAUUUUUUUUCUACACCAAGCAUGAUGGAAAUUCUGUGUGAAUCAUAAAAGCUUACCAGCUGUUAAACUUUUUAUUGUGAGAAAAAAGUUAAUUGUAUUUAUUGAAGUGGUUGUUCUGUCCUUAUUCUCCUGUCACCCAAUCUCCACACUAAAAGGAGGGGUGGGGGGAGUAAUUUUAUUCUUGUCAAUGAUUUUAACUUGCGCAAAAAUCAUCCAGAAUGUGCAGAUGUACUAACAGAAAGCAUUAUUUGGAGAGGCCAUGAUUCCCAAAGUUUGUCUCUUUGCUAAUGUGCUGUAUGAACUGAUAUUUUUAUGGGGGCAUCCAUGUCCAGCAGACAUGAUUCUAGUAUGGCUGCAUUUGUUACAGUGGCAAUCCAGUAUAUCCUGCCAAGGACAUAAUUCCUUUGUUUUGCUACUUUCAGUUUAUACAAACCUAUGUACAUAUUAAUUACUAAAAGCUGAAAUAUACCAGGGGAGGUGCUUUAUAUGUUACUCUGCCUAGUGCUUUAGAGCAGAAUAUAGUCAAUAUCGCAACCACUGAAAGUUUUGUUAUGUGAAAUCUUUUAAUUUUCUUGGGACAAAUUUUGUGCUUUUGGCCAAAAUAACUUUUAUCAUGGGGGAUAUGAAUUAGUGGAUCUCAAUUUUUUAUUCCACUAACUCAGAUGUCAAGGUCAAACUUUGAGGUCUUUUGGCACAAAAGUUUCCUAUAGCGAGACAAAUUGCCAUGCACAACAACCAGACCCCUUAGAUCAAGGUCACAUUAAGGGGGUCAAAGGUCAAUUGGGUCUUUUCACUGUCCAGUCCAUAACAUAUAGGUUAUAAAAAAUUGACUAAACAUUUAUCCAGAUAUUACAUUUCAGUUACCACUUCCAUUCAGAUGAAGCAGUAGGGGGGCAUGCACUUUUUUCAAAAGCAGUUUCUUGUUGAAUAUAAAACAUGAGAAUUUUACUUGUUUGUUGGGAUUUGAUAUUAUUGAAUUACUCCACCACCAAAUCCAGAAGAAAUAGUUCCCAAUUCAUAGUAUUUCCAACUGCACAAUGUCAUGAGUUUAUAUAAUUUAGUGUACUUUAACCAUGGACUACAGGAUUUAGAUCUACUAACUCAAAUAGAUAAUGCUCUGUGUACAGAAAUAGACAACAAAAGGGAGAAUAGAUAUGUAGGUAUAAAGUAUACAUUAUAUAUGUAAUUGUAAGGAAUUCACUUAUUUAUUACUGUUGUCUCAGUAAGGUGUGUAUAAUUAAAUCAUAAUACUUGUAUUAAGUCUGGUAUUUAUUAGAAGUGUACUGUUGGAGACCAAAAUUGUACAAAUUUAUACAAAUAUGUACAUAUGAUGUAAAUUGGUAGUUAAAGUUAAUUUUAAUUGCCUCCCUCCACAAAACAAGCUUGAGAGUCAUUAUAUGACCUUAAAUUUGAAAAAAAAUAGUAUUUUAUCAUAAAUAAUUACUUAAAAUUUAAACUAAAGUAUAACACAAUGCAGCCUUUUAGGUUAGAUUUAUUUACUUCAUUGAGGUUGCCAGAGUGACUAUAGUUUGAACAUUAUUCUUCUUUAUUUUUAUUACAUUUGUUGCUGUUUUCUAUGAAAGUUUGUCUUUGCUCAGGUUGAAGCAUACAGUUAUCAUGGCUAUAUUAUAUACUGUAGCUCUAGUUUUGUACACACAUAUAUGUGCAAUUAAUAAAACAUAUAAAUAGCUAGAA